GUGAUUCGGUUUGGUUUUUUUUUUUUUUUUUUUAACAUCACUAGGUGCGGGUUUGCCCCAUUAUCACCCUACAAGACGUUUGUCCCCUCUAUAGACGACGGACAUAGAAGCAUUCAAAGUUUUCACUCUGAUGAUCUCGCAAAACCUCCCAUCUUCAUGUUCAUUUCCGCGAGUCUCAGUCUCAGACUCAAAACUUCACCACAUUCUCUUCCCUUUCCUCUAAGAUGGAUUUCAUCUUCCACUUCAACCAAAACAAUAACCCCUCCACAACACUUCAUUCGCAUUUUCACCAAUGCAAGACACCACCAAAACCAUUCCGAAUGCGAACUUGCAUUAGUUUCCGCACUCAAAUCAUGUUCCUCUCUCUCCUUCAUCUCUCAAGGUCGCCAAAUUCAUACGCUCAGUUUGAAACUUGGACUACACUCCAACACUUUCAUUCAAAAUAGCUUGAUUAACAUGUACGCAAAAUGCGGUUCAAUUUCUGAUGCUCAGUUGAUGUUUAAUGCUUGUCCUGGAUUGGAUUAUGUUUCUUGUAAUAUAAUGGUAUCUGGGUAUGUUAGAGCUGGUCAAUUGGAUAAUGCACGUAAACUGUUUGAUGUAAUGCCUAGUAAAGGUUGUGUUUCUUAUACUACUAUGAUAAUGGGUUUUGUUCAAAAUGGAUUCUUUGGUGAAGCUCUUGAGGUUUUUAAGGAUAUGAGGUGUUGUGGUGUUGUUCCAAAUGAUUUGACUUUGGUUAAUGUCAUAUCUGCUUGUUCGCAUUUUGGUGAAAUUUUGAAUUGUCGGAUGGUUCAUGGUUUGGUUGUUAAAUUGUUUGUUGAUGGGUUGGUUAUUGUUUCGACAAAUUUGAUGCAUGCAUAUUGUCUUUGUUCGGGUGUACCGGAAGCUAGGAGGUUGUUUGAUGAGAUGCCUGAAAAGAAUUUGGUCACGUGGAAUGUGAUGUUGAAUGGAUAUGCUAAGACAGGCCUUGUUGACAAGGCUAGGGAGGUGUUUGAGGGAAUUUGUGAAAAAGAUGUGGUUUCUUGGGGCACGAUGAUUGAUGGUUAUAUCCAAAAGGGUCGUUUGUGUGAAGCUUUAGAGAUUUAUCGCGCAAUGCUGCAAACUGGACACGGACCUAAUGAAGUCAUGCUUGUGAAUUUGGUUUCAGCAUGUGGUCGUAAGACUGCAGUUGUUGAUGGUUUGCAAUUGCAUGGAACGGUUGUUAAGAGAGGCUUUGAUUGUUACAAUUUUAUACAGACUACAAUCAGCUAUUUUUAUGCAGCUUGUGGAAUGAUGGACCGUGCGUGUUUGCAAUUUGAAGUGGGUGUAAAGGAUCACUUAGAAUCAUGGAAUGCUCUUGUCGCUGGAUUCAUAAAAAAUGGAAUGAUGGAUCAUGCAAGGAAAACAUUUGAUGUGAUGCCUCAAAGAGAUGUGUUUUCAUGGAGUACCAUGAUUUCUGGCUAUGCACAAACUGAACAGCCCAAAAUGGCUAUUGAACUCUUCCAUAAAAUGGUAGCUAGUGGGAUCAAACCUAAUGAAGUUACCAUGGUGAGUGUAUUCUCUGCAAUUGCCACAUUAGGUACAUUGCAGGAAGGAAGAUUGGCCCAUGAAUAUAUGCGUAGUGAAUCCAUUCCUUUCAAUGACAAUUUACGUGCUGCUUUGAUUGAUAUGUACGCAAAAUGUGGGAGCAUCAACGCUGCCCUUCAAUUUUUCAAUCAGAUUCGAGAUAAGGUUUAUUCUGUGUCACCAUGGAAUGCAAUUAUAUGCGGGUUAGCCUCGCAUGGACAUGCAAGUAUGUGCCUAGAGGUUUUUUCUGAUAUGCAGCGGUAUCAUAUUAAACCGAAUCCUAUUACAUUUAUUGGGGUCCUAAGCGCUUGUUGCCAUGCCGGGUUGGUGGAGUACGGACGGAGAAUAUUUAAAAGUAUGAAUAGUGCAUAUAAUGUAGAACCAGAUAUCAAGCAUUAUGGUUGUAUGAUUGAUCUUUUGGGGAGAUCUGGUCUAUUAGAAGAAGCUGAAGAAACGAUAAGGAGCAUGCCAAUGGAGGCUGACGUCGUGAUAUGGGGAACUUUAUUAGCAGCAUGUAGAACUCAUGGAAAUGUUAACAUAGGAGAGAGGGCUGCAGAGAAUUUGGCGAGGGUGGCGCCAUCUCAUGGUGGAGGCAAAGUUCUCCUAUCAAAUAUAUAUGCAGACGCGGGCAGGUGGGAGGAUGUAUCAUUCGUAAGAAGUGUCAUGCAGAGUCAGACUAUGGAGAGAGAACCUGGCUGCAGUGGUGUUGUUAGGUAGUUAAAGGAGUUUCAAUCCACUUAACAUCUUGCAGUUUGAAUUUUUUUUCUUAAAAUAUCAUAUUGCAAUCAGGUUUCAUAAAUUGUCUCGAAAUAGUCCUCAUUAGUUGUGAUUUAAGUACACUGUUACCGUAUAUUUAUUUGAGCUUCAAAUUAGUUUCUUCUGGAUCUAGAAAGUGCAAAUAAGGCAAUACUACAUGUUUUUCUUC